GAACUGAGCAUCACUGGUUGAAAAUGGCGAAAGUGGCGAAAAUGGGGCGGAAUGACACCAACAGAAACCUAGAGAGUCUGUUGGACAUGGACAAAUCAGUUGCUGCAAAAAGUUCUGUCCCUCUUCGACCCAUGAAGAUGAUUCCGGGCCACGGACUUGAGUUCAACAACCUUUCGUAUAGUGUAACGAAGAAGCUGAAAAAAGACGGGGUUUGGAUCAAGAAAGAAGCUUAUCUUCUCAAUGAUAUCUCUGGCCAGGCAGUACGGGGUGAGAUCAUGGCCAUCAUGGGACCUAGUGGUGCUGGGAAAUCCACAUUUCUUGAUGCAUUGGCGGGACGGAUUGCUCAAGGGAGUUUGGCAGGCUCUGUUAGGAUUGAUGGAAGAACGGUUACUACAAGCUACAUGAAGAUGGUGUCAUCUUACGUUAUGCAAGACGACCAGCUUUUCCCUAUGCUGACUGUUUUCGAGACGUUCAUGUUUGCAGCUGAGGUUAGGCUUCCCCCCUCCGUUUCGAGGGACGAAAAGAGAAAGAGAGUCCAUGAACUCCUUGAACAACUUGGCUUGCAGAGUGCAACGCAUACUUACAUCGGAGAUGAAGGGAGGAGAGGAGUGUCGGGAGGAGAAAGGCGAAGGGUGUCAAUUGGAAUUGACAUCAUCCACAAACCUUCACUGCUGUUUCUUGACGAACCAACAUCUGGUCUCGACUCUACAAGCGCUUUCAGUGUUGUGGAAAAGGUAAAGGAGAUCGCUCGAGGUGGUAGCAUCGUGAUGAUGACCAUCCAUCAACCUUCAUAUCGUAUUCAAAUGCUCUUGGACCGCAUGACUAUCCUAGCAAGAGGAAGACUGAUAUAUUUGGGAAGCCCGCACGGUCUGUCUGCUCACCUUUUGGGAUUUGGAAGGCCAGUUCCGGAUGGUGAGAAUGGCCUCGAGUAUCUCCUGGAUGUGAUUAAAGAAUAUGAUGAAUCUACCGUGGGACUAGACCCAUUGGUGUUGUACCAACGCGAUGGCAUCAAACCUGAUCAGGCAUCCAGAAGGCCAGCUCUGAAAACACCAAGAAGAACUCCUUAUAAUAAGACUCCUGCAUCUAAGACUCCUGCAUCCAAGCACGCAAUCAGCCUCCGUAGUAAAGCCUAUUCCAUUGGAAACAGGACGCCUGGACCAGGCCAGUCUGGUCGGUUUGAUUAUGAGGAAGCUGACGAGGAUGUUGAGGAUUUCGACAACUCCCUUGAAAGGAAGUCGGUUCAUAUGACACCAAUGCAUCAUCAGAACAGUGGUGUGUAUAACCCUCGUCUAGCUUCGCAGUUCUACAAGGACUUCUCUGUCUGGAUAUACCAUGGAGUCAAGAGAACCCCUCACCGCCCACCAUCAUGGACUCCUGCUAGAACAGCUGGAGCGACAUCAGUCUCAGUCUCGGGUAUGAGGAGUCAAGUUUCGAGCCAAUAUCCCACACCUCAACUCAUCCUGCAGCCACCAAGACACGGUAGUACUAAAACCCCUGUACUUUUCAGCCCUUCCAUUGAUUCCUCCUAUGCACCUACUUAUGGAGAGUUGGAAAUAGAAGACGUGCUUGAUGAGCCUGACCUUGGUCCUAAAUUUGCAAACCCAUGGCUCCGUGAGGUUGCAGUCCUCUCGUGGCGCACAGCGCUCAAUGUGGUUCGCACUCCUGAGCUCUUCCUCUCGCGGGAGAUUGUGUUGGCAGUUAUGGCACUCAUUCUGUCUUCCCUUUUCCGAAACCUGGGUGGUGACACCUUCAAGGACAUAAACCGGCUUCUCAACUUCUACAUCUUUGCAGUCUGCCUGGUUUUCUUUUCGUCCAAUGACGCUGUCCCGACUUUCAUCCAAGAAAGGUUCAUUUUCAUCAGGGAAACUUCUCACAAUGCUUAUCGUGCUUCUUCGUACGUCAUCUCUUCCCUCAUUGUGUACCUCCCAUUCUUCGCCAUCCAAGGUUACACAUUUGCUGCCAUUACCAAGUACAUUCUUCAACUCAAAAGCAAUGUUUUCUACUUCUGGAUCAUCCUCUAUGCCUCACUCAUCACCACCAACGCUUACGUGAUGCUUGUGAGCGCCCUCGUGCCGAGCUACAUCACAGGGUAUGCUGUUGUGAUAGCUACCACAGCUCUUUUCUUUCUGACUUGCGGCUUUUUCUUGAAGCGCAACCAGAUACCGCUUUACUGGAGGUGGGUGCAUUACAUCUCUGCGAUUAAGUACCCGUUUGAGGCAAUGCUAACAAAUGAAUUCAAGGGAAUACGUUGCUACAAUGGCACGGCAGCAGAUCUCACCCCCGGACCUUUAGGAGAUAUAAAGAUCAGUCACCUGCACUUAACAUCUCCAUUAGUAAGCAAGAAUUGCGUGCUUAUCGGACAAGAUGUUAUCUCCUCGAUGGAUAUCAAAACAGAUAACAUCUGGUAUAAUGUUGGAAUCUUGCUAGCUUGGGGUGUUCUAUACCGGAUCUUAUUCUAUGUGGUCCUCAGAUUCUAUUCCAAGAACGAGAGAAAAUGAAGACUGUUUGUAUUCAAGUACCUUUGCCUCUGCUUCCAAAUUGAUGCUCGGAGAUGAUAGCCGGUACCU